AUGCCCCAGAGCAGUUACUUGCUGAACACAGGACCAGACAAGACACCCCUACCUUGGGCCCUCAGCUUCCCGGGCUCCAGCAAGCGGCCCCCUGACGAGCAGAGCAGUGGCACCGGCCAAUCCCACAGCCUGGACACCGUGUUGUGGGCUGGCCUUGGGAUGCAGCCUUGGGCCCAGAGCUCUCGGCAGGAAGGCAGCCCCAAGGUAGAUCCCCAGGGAGCCCACAGGGGCCAGGCAGAGAGGCACAAGACAGAGCUGAGGCCCCUGGAGGAGGACCCAGCCGAAGGACACCCCUCUCGGGCGGGUGCCAGGGCCUCCAGCCAGAACUCCUUCCUGGUGCAGCAUCCCAGGACACCCCCUGGGAAGAAGACCCCUGCGUGUGACCACCGUGGGGUCCAGGUGCUGCAUUGGAGCUGCCCCCGCACUGCGCUGUUCAAGGUCCACUCGGACUGCCGCCUGCGCGCACAUCCCUGUCCCAGGACCCUGCCGCCGGCCUCUCUCCAGCCGAGUCCCUUCGUGGAGCUUCCUGCCGCGGGCCGGCACAGCGAGGCUUGUACCCGGAUGUCCUCGCUGGCCCUGCAGGAGCUGAUGCAGGCGGCAGAGGAGCCCCUUCCGUGCGCCCGGUGCGGAAAGCGCUUGAGCCCCAACGAGCAGCAGCGGAUGGACGAGGGCCCUCGGAUGUGUCCUAGGUGCGACCAGGCCUUGGGUCCUCUCCCCCGUGAGCCCGGCCGCCCGGUUCAGCAGCUGUACGCCAGCGUCGAGUGCGGCAAGGCCUUCACGUGCACCUCAAGACUGCUGCAGCCUGAGGGCAUCCACACGGGUGAGCGGCCCUAGUGCACCGACUGCGGCCAGGCCUUCAUGCGCUGCUCCGGCCUCCAGGGCCACCAGAAUACGCACUCGGCCGAGCACCGCAACUGCGCCACGGCCCUGGCUCCGCGGGCCUUCCGGCCGAGGUGCUCGCCACGCGGGGAGAAGCCCCAUGAGUGCGCCGAGCGUACCAAGGCAUUCGGCCUGCUCUCGCACCUGGCGGAGCACCGGUGGCGUGUGCACACCGGCGAGAAGCCCUACGCCUGCUCAGAGUGCAGCCAAGCCUUCAACCAGCGCUCGAACCUGAGCCGGCACUGGCGCACGCACAGCAGCGCCAGGCCCUACGCGUGCCGGCUGUGCGACAAGGCCUUCAAGGGCCGCUCCGGCCUGGUGCAGCACCGGCUUGCACACACCGGUGAGCAGACCUACGGCUGUCCCAAGUGCGGGAAGACCUUCCGGGGCUGCUCCGAGCUGCACCAGCACGAGCGCCUGCACUCGGGGGAGAAGCCCUGCAUCUGUGCGGACUGCGGCCAGGCCUUCGUGCGCAACUGCAGCCUCCCGCGCCCAGCGCGCGCACACACCGGCGAGUAGCCCUACGCGUGCGGCCGCUGCGGCCGCGCCUUCAGCCAGCGAUCCAACCUCCACGAGCACCAGCAGCGGCCCGCGGGCGGCGCGUUAAACCUCGCCUCGCGCACACGGCGUCCACAGGCGUCCCUCACCUGA